CUGCCACAUCACGAAUAACGAUAUUCUCGAAGUCAUGGAAGCAUCAGAUGCCACUUGAUAUAUAUAUAUAUAUUUGUCUGAGGUGUUGAAGCGGUCAAGGUUGCGUUGCAUGUUUGUUACUCAGCGGCGAGAAGAAGAAAAGCAAAGACCUCUUAGCUAGGUAAGUAAAGUCAGGCGAUUCGGCAGCCUGAUGGAAACAGGGAGCCGCAAUUGCCGUGCCAUUUCGUUCCAUUUGCGUCGCGGAGCUAUUGCAGCGUGGAUUUGAUAUUUAUACAUCAAAACCAGCCAACCUGGUAAGGUCGGCCCGGCCCGCUGACAUUUCCAAAGCCAUUGUCGUCAAAAUGGACGGCAAAGCGUGUGGUUUUUGACAGCUUCACCCUAUACCCUAACCCUGAGAAUAGCACAUGGUGGGGUGGGGUCCCCCCACAAGAAGCACAUGCCAAGAUUGAUGAUCGAUCGUGGGGCUGCCUGGUUGCCCUGAUGCACUGGACAACCUCAAAGCUUACGACUCGUCUUUGGGAAACCUUUCACAAAAAACACAGAUACUCAUCCGUUUGCUCGUUACUGAGCCGCCACUCCGCUUUGUCCAUCAUCUCUGACAACAAAUAGCCAAAGGGCGGAGAACAGCAACCGAUAUCUUAGCCAACAUGGCAUCCUCAUCUUCACCCUCCCGCCCGACAGCGGACGACACCAAUACAUCACCACCGGCAUCCCCUGUUUUGGAAGGUCGUGACUCCCCGGAUCUGCCCCUCACCAUGACAGCAUCCACAGUUCUAAUGACCCUGCCCCGUGAUGCCACAACUGCCCUCGCCGCUGCCGGAGCCUUCCCUCAGGAGAAAGUCAUCGUGCGUUUCCGGCCUGUCGGAGCAGCCCCGGCCGUACUUCGAGAGCAGGUCAAGGUUUCCAGCAGCUACAAGUUUGAGAGUGUUGUAGCCCAUCUGAGGAGAUCUCUCAAGGUCAGGGAUACAGACAGUGUGUUUCUCUACAUUAACAGCACCUUUGCCCCGUCACUAGACGAGGUAGUGGGCAACCUAUGGAGGUGCUUCAAAGACUCGGAAAACAGACUGAAUGUGUCCUACUCGAUUACUCCUGCGUUUGGAUAGUAAGUCUACCAUGUUGGCAUGACCGAAACCGCGACAAAGUUAUGUGUCCCAGUCAAAAGCAUGAAGCUAUUAUCCUUGAGUAUUAUAUGAAGAGUCCUUUGAUGAAACGCAAAGGCAUCCUAACUACCUAUCAACACAACAUGGUAUCCGCCAAAAUGCAAUCAAAUGGCCAAACAGAAAACCAGUUACCGCCAAUGCAUACAAUAAACCACAACGCUGAACCCAAGUGCGAAAGGGACAACCACGCCAUGCGAAGCAUCCACCACCCCCAAAUCCCAAUAUUCUUUACACAUCCUUGACCGUCUCCGCGAACGCCUCGAGCUCGUCCUUUGGAAUCGGGUACGUGUGCUCAGGGGCAGGAUAUUGCCGACUCUUGACCUCGUCUCGAUAAGUCUCAAUGGCCCGGAGACUCUCUGACCAGACAUCGCCAUACUUCUUGACAAACUUGGGGAGGAACCUUCCAGGGGGAAAGUUGCCCGUCAUGUCGACCUGCACAAGCACCUGACCAGAGCAGCCGUUUCCAGCACCAAUGCCAAUAGUUGGAACAGAGAGCUUUUCAGUGAUGAUGGAUGCCACCUCGGCAGGGACUGCCUCCAGGACCAUGGCAAAGCACCCGGCUUCUUGAAUGGCGAGUGCAUCUUCCAGCACCUUCAUAGCACCGUCAGACGUCUUGCCUUGGACUCUGAAACCACCCAGGGCAUUCUGCCGUUGAGGAGUCAGGCCUACAUGGCCAAGUACUGGAAUGCCGGCUCUGGUGAUUUUGGCAAUGGUGGGAGCCAUCUCUUUGCCGCCUUCAAGCUUGAUGCCCUGCAUGCGGCCCUCUUUGACAAACCGGAUGGCUGUCUCGAGAGCCUGUUCCGGGGCGAUCUCGUAUGAGCCCAUGGGAAGGUCACCAAUCUAGGAGGAAUGUCAGCCAGUCUAUUGCAGAGUAGAGGGGACCAGAAUAGAACACAUACAGUAAAGGCAGCUCGGGUGGCACGUGCAACGGAUCGACAGUGUAACAACAUCUCUUCCAGAAGAACCUCUGAUGUAUCUUCCAUGCCGAGGGCCACCAUGGCAAGGCUGUCGCCGACGAGGACCAUAUCCAUGCCGGCGGCAUCUGCCACAUGGGCGCUGGGGAAGUCAUGGGCAGUGAUCAUGGUGAUAGGCUCACCCCUCUUGUGCAUGGCUCGGAGGGUACCGAUGGUGACCUUUUUGCGGGGGUUGGUGGGUGGCGUGCCCAUGGGGGAGUGGGAGCUGCUUCUGGUUUGCUGAUUUGAUGCAUGUUUUUGGCGGAAUACAGAGGCAAAGGGUGCUGUGGUGUUGAGUGUUGAUGUUGUUGAUAGUGUUGUUGGUGGUGGUCGUGUGCCCCUGGAAAGGGUAGCGCACGACCUCCGAGCAACUGAGGACAGUGAUGAUAGGUACAUAGGGUGUACUUGUGGUCACUGAAGAGGUGUGUGUGUGCGUGUGCGUCUUGCUGCACGGUGACGUCUUGUUUCAAAGUGGAAAAAAGUGGUGGUUGUUUCUCAGCUCUCUUUUUUCUUCUGCAAAGAACAGAAAGAGAAGAGUUUUUGGGAAUCUGAAAAUGAGCAUGGUUGGGGUGAAUUCGCGCAGUUUUUAAUCAGCAGGG